AAUCUUCAUAUGUUGACAGAUCUGCAUCUGUCAAUGAUAGUGAACUCAAUGUUAAAUCAUUGAUCAAGAACUUGAAGAAUGUGAUAAUGAAGAAAUUGUUUAUAUUAUAUAUGACUGAGUCUUCUGCAUCUCUCUUUGCUCUCUCUGUUUCUUUCUCUGCUGCUUUCUCUCUAUCUUCUACACCUGUCUCUGUGUCUGAUUCUCCCGCUUCUGCUAUUCCUGUUCCUGUGACCCUCACUUCUACUACUUCUGAAUUUGUUAUCUCUGCUUUUAUUAUCAGCUCUCUCUGUUUCAAGAAGAUGUUAUAUAGACUUAAUAAAUUAUAUUUGUCAUGUCUAUUAUCUAACUUCAUGAUACAGAUGAAAUAUAUCUGUGUUUUCAGAAAUAAGAAUGCAGAUGUUGUACUCUUUUACACUCACAGAUUUACUCUGAUAUCAGAGGCUAUUCUGAUCAAAGAUGAUAAUGCUGCUGAGACUAUUCUCUCUCACUCUCAAGCUUCUCUUAUUACUUUCUCUUCCUUCUCUGUGAAGAAGAUUGUGUACACAUCAGAUUAUAAGCAUUCAGUCUCAGAUAACUCUCACU